AUGGCGUAUAUCACCACCAGACGUAACUUAGCUCUACUCCUAACCAGAACUCUCUCUUCUUCUUCUUUUUCUCGUACACGCUUCUCUCCCGCUCUCUUAAAGAAGAUCCAAAACCCACUAAUCCCGGACUCAGUCAAAACCCUGACCCGAUCCCAAACCACCGGGUCGGGUUACUCGCCAUUAAACGACCCCUCACCGAACUGGACAAAUCGGCCGCCAAAAGAAACGAUACUUCUCGAUGGCUGUGAUUAUAAGCAUUGGCUUAUUGUUAUGGAGUUUCCAACUGAUCCGAAACCCACUGAAGAGGAAAUGAUUAACACUUAUGUUAAAACCCUUGCUUCUGUUUUGGGCAGUGAGGAUGUCGCAAAAAAGAGUAUCUAUUCGGUUUCUACGACAACGUAUACAGGGUUUGGUGCUUUGAUAUCAGAAGAGCUUUCUUAUAAAGUUAAAGCGUUGCCCGGCGUACUUUGGGUUUUGCCAGACUCAUAUCUUGAUGUUCCUAACAAAGAUUAUGGAGGGGAUUUAUAUGAGGAUGGGAAGGUCAUCCAUAGGCCCCAGUAUAGGUACAACGAAAGGCAGCAGACUAGGAAUAGGCCUCGACCUAGGUAUGAUAGGCGCCGUGAAACAAUGCAGGUUGAGAGGAGUGAAACAGUGCAAAGACAGAACUGGAGCCAAGAUCCGAGACCACCUUUACAGCAACAGCAACUGGCAUUGAGUAAUGUCCAGAAUUCCACUCAGGGUGGAGGGGGAGAUCUCUCUAUAAAUCAAGGGCAGUUUAACCAAAGCACUUGGUAA